UCGGAGCGGCCGGGCCGGGAGCGGAGCCGGGACGAGAGCCCACAGCAGCAGCAGCGGCGGCGGCGGCAGCAGCAGCACACAGACACAGGGGCUAGACGCGAAAGCAGCUGCAAGAGAGGAAAGAAAAUCCCCACCUCGAUCGGCACCGCCGUGAAAACGGAGAGAUGAUGAUGAUAAACGUACUCAUAGCAAUAAGAGAAGAAAAUGAAACACCUUUAACAGAAGAGAGAAAAAUUUAAAAUUCUUGAAUUAAAAAGAAAAAGGACAUCAGGGAAUGAAAGUUUUGGGUGGCUAAGCUGCUCUCUGCCUUUUUUUUUUUUUUUUUUUUACUAUGAAAUAUUUUUGCGGGUAAUUUUUUUAUUUUUUUUAAUUUUUUUUUUAAUUUCGCGGUUUUCUGCCUUUUCCUUGCAUCCAAAGAGGGCAUGUCCACCGGCUGUUCCAGCAGCAUCUACCCUCCAACUCCCACCAGGAAGACAGACCGAGGACAAUCUUGAAAUACAAAAAAUUUCCUCCUUGGGAUUUGCUGCUGCCGCUGUCUCCGCCGCCACUGCUGCUGCCGCGGUGCAGUGCCAAGACUCUCGGAAUAAAUAAAAGAGGGCUACUGUGUGUCUCUAGCUACAGCCGGCUAAUAGCUAUUUUAGUUGGCCGUCUAUUUCGAAGAUCACAGAUGAAGUGGGGACGCCUGUCUUCUUCAUUUGGUCAGCGUGUGAAACAAUAAUACCCGUGACAAAAAGGAGGGAGAUGGGGGAGAAAAAAAAUCCUAACAUGAAUCAGAAGAAAUAGUAUCUAGCACCCCCCCCAACCCCCCCAAACCAACCUCUUCUCCCUCCCCCCCACCCCCCCUUCCCCGAUUCCCUCUUUCCACACGCUUGCAGGCGCGGAUACGCGCGCGCGCGCGCGCACAGAGACGCGCGCACACACACAGAUACACACAGAUACACACAUAUAGUGUGUUUUUAUCGGAGGAGGAGGUGGCGGAGGCUUUUGGAAGAGGAGGCAGCAGUGGUGUCGGGGAGGGGGGAAUCUCUUUCCCCGUCUGGAGAUGGUUGUGCUAUUCCUCUUUGCCUUGCUCUGGAUGGUGGAGGGGGCUUUUUGCCAGCUCCAUUACACGGUGCAGGAAGAGCAGGAGCAUGGCACGUUCGUGGGGAAUAUCGCCGAGGACCUGGGCUUGGACAUUACAAAACUUUCGGCUCGGCGCUUCCAGACGGCGCCCAACUCCCGCAGCCCUUACCUGGAGCUUAACCUAGAAACCGGGGUACUCUACGUGAACGAGAAGAUCGACCGGGAGCAGAUCUGUAAGCAGAGCCCCUCCUGCCUGCUGCACCUGGAGGUCUUCCUGGAGAACCCCCUCGAGCUGUUCCGUGUGGAGAUCGAGGUGCUGGACAUCAACGACAACCCGCCCUCCUUCCCGGAGCCCGACCUCACAGUGGAGAUCUCGGAGAGCGCCACGCCGGGCACCCGCUUCCCGCUGGAGAGCGCCUUCGACCCCGACGUGGGCACCAACUCCCUGCGCACCUACGAGAUCACCCCCAACAGCUACUUCUCCCUCGACGUGCAGACGCAGGGGGACGGGAACCGCUUCGCCGAGCUGGUGCUGGACCAGCCGCUGGACCGGGAGCAGCAGGCGGUGCACCGCUACGUGCUGACGGCGGUGGACGGCGGGCAGCCCCAGCAGCGCACCGGCACCGCCCUGCUCACCGUCAGGGUGCUGGACUCCAACGACAACGUCCCCGCCUUCGAGCAGCCCGUCUACACCGUGUCGCUGCCGGAGAACUCGCCGCCGGGCACCCUGGUGCUGCAGCUCAACGCCACGGACCCCGACGAGGGGCAGAACGGCGAGAUCAUCUACUCCUUCAGCAGCCACAUCUCGGCCCGCGCCCGGGAGCUCUUCGGCAUCGCGCCGCGCACCGGGCGCCUGGAGGUGAGCGGCGAGCUGGACUACGAGGAGAGCAGCGUGUACCAGGUGUACGUCCAGGCCAAGGACCUGGGGCCCAACGCCGUGCCCGCCCACUGCAAAGUGCUGGUGCGGGUGCUGGACGCCAACGACAACGCGCCCGAGAUCAGCUUCUCCACCGUCAAGGAGGCGGUGAGCGAGGCGGCGGCGCCGGGCACCGUGGUGGCCCUUUUCAGCGUCUCGGACCGCGACUCGGAGGAGAACGGGCAGGUGCAGUGCGAGCUGCUGCAGGGCGACGCGCCCUUCCGCCUCAAGAGCUCCUUCAAGAACUACUACACCAUCGUCACCGAGGGGCCGCUGGACCGCGAGCAGCCGGGCGGCGACGCCUACACGCUCACCGUGGUGGCCCGGGACCACGGCGAGCCGCCGCUCAGCACCAGCAAGUCCAUCCAGGUGCGGGUGAGCGACGUGAACGACAACGCGCCGCGCUUCAGCCAGCCCGUGUACCAGGUGUACGUGAGCGAGAACAACGUGCCCGGCGCCUACAUCUACGCCGUCAGCGCCACCGACCGCGACCAGGGCGCCAACGCCCGCCUCGCCUACUCCAUCCUGGAGAGCCAGAUCCAGGGCAUGUCCGUCUUCACCUACGUCUCCAUCAACUCCGAGAACGGCUUCCUCUACGCCCUCCGCUCCUUCGACUACGAGCAGCUCAAAGAGUUCAGCUUCCAGGUGGAGGCCCGCGACGCGGGCGAGGAGCCGCAGCCGCUGGCCGGCAACGCCACGGUCCACAUCAUCGUGGUGGACCAGAACGACAACGCCCCCGCCAUCGUCAGCCCCCUGCCCGGCCGCAACGGCACCCCGGCGCGGGAGGCGCUGCCCCGCGGCGCCGAGCCGGGCUACCUGGUGAGCCGGGUGUCGGCCGUGGACGCCGACGACGGGGAGAACGCCCGCCUCACCUACAGCAUCGCGCGGGGCAACGAGGCCGGGCUGUUCCGCAUGGACUGGCGCUCCGGGGAGCUGCGGACGGCCCGCAGGGUGCCGGCCAAGCGCGACCCGCAGCGCCCCUACGAGCUGGUCAUCGAGGUGCGCGACCACGGGCAGCCGCCGCUCUCCUCCACCGCCGCCGUCCAGGUGGUGCUGGUGGACGGCGCGGGCGAGCGCUCCGGCGGCGGCGGCCCGGCGGCGGGCACGGGCGCGGGGGGCGGCGGCGGCGGCUCCGGCGAGCAUCGCCCCAGCCGCUCCGGGGGGGAUAACUCGCUUGACCUCACCCUCAUCCUCAUCAUCGCCCUGGGCUCCGUCUCCUUCAUCUUUCUGCUGGCCAUGAUCGUCCUGGCGGUGCGCUGCCAGAAGGAGAAGAAGCUCAAUAUCUACACCUGCCUGGCCAGCGACUGCUGCCUGGGCUGCUGCUGCUGCUGCCCCUGCUGCAGCCGGCAGGCGCGGGCCCGCAAGAAGAAGCUCAGCAAGUCGGACAUCAUGCUGGUGCAGAGCUCCAACGUGCCGAGCAACCCGGCGCAGGUGCCUGUGGAGGAGUCGGGCAGCUUCGGCUCCCACCACCACAAUCAGAACUACUGCUACCAAGUCUGCCUCACCCCCGAGUCCGCCAAGACCGACCUGAUGUUCCUCAAGCCCUGUAGCCCCUCUCGCAGCACCGACGCCGAGCACAACCCCUGUGGGGCCAUCGUCACCGGCUACGCCGACCAGCAGCCCGACAUCAUCUCCAACGGCAGCAUUUUGUCCAGCGAGACAAAACACCAGCGUGCUGAGCUCAGUUAUCUAGUUGACAGACCCCGACGAGUAAACAGUUCUGCAUUCCAGGAAGCAGACAUAGUAAGCUCUAAGGACAGUGGUCAUGGAGACAGCGAGCAAGGAGACAGUGAUCAUGAUGCCACUAAUCGAGGUCAAUCCUCUGGCAUGGAUCUCUUCUCCAAUUGCACAGAGGAGUGUAAAGCACUGGGCCACUCAGAUCGGUGCUGGAUGCCUUCCUUUGUUCCAUCCGAUGGACGCCAAGCUGCAGAUUACCGCAGCAAUCUGCACGUACCUGGCAUGGACUCCGUUCCAGACACUGAAGUGUUUGAAACACCAGAAGCCCAGCCUGGGGCAGAAAGGUCCUUCUCCACCUUUGGCAAAGAGAAGGCCCUUCACAACAGUCUGGAUAGGAAGGAGUUCGAUGGACUGCUGUCUAAUACACGAGCGCCUUACAAACCACCAUAUUUGACACGGAAAAGGAUAUGCUAGUCACUUCUACAGGACUUACCUGAAGCAGCAUGAUUUGCACAAAAGAAAGUCGACCAACAAAAAGCAUCAGCUUUCAACUUCAUUAUCUUGGCCAUCCAGUUCUGUGUAACUGAAGGAUUUGUGUGCUGUUGGAGACAUCCUGGCCAACAAUAGGACCUAAUUGCUCUCAGCAGGCCUGAGAAAUGAGUUGAAAUGUGUAGAACUGUAGAAACUUCAGAGGCAACUGAUCUUGCCUCUCUGAUCAGUGUGUGCCUGUUUACAGCACUAUAUAUCUUUCUCUCUCCAAAAUGUCACUGAGCCCUUUAGAUGUUUAUAUUCACCACAAAAAGCCAAUCGUACAGAUAAAAGAGAUGUGCAUUAUAAAUGCAAUAUCACUGUUUUAAACUUGACUGUUUUAUAUUAUUUUUGUGUGAUCAAGUGUUCCCCAAACUAUUCCAACUUUACAAGAGAGAUUGUGAUCAUGUUCUUUUCACCUGUGGGUCAUAAAAAUGUUGUUAAUCUGAAGACCCACAAAAUUAUCAGAGACAUUUCUGUAGUUUAUACACCGUGUUGCAAAGUGUUUACUGUACUAUUUCAAAGCUUCUAAAUAAAUAUAAAAUAUAUAUAUAUUAUAUUAUAUAUAAUUUUCCGAAAAACGUGGUACAACUUAGUUGAUUUUUAAAUGGAUUCAUACAGUCUACACCAUACACUAAAGUGAGAAGAUAAUUCAGGGUUCCUAGGCUAUCCUUGCUAAAAACAAAAAAAUAAAAUAAACUUUUACUAGUACUUCCCCACAAAUUCGUAUUUUCGUCAAGCCUGUUUUUCUUGUUUAAAAGGAAAAAAAAAAAAAAGUAAGCUGUAAGCAACAACAUUUUGUCUCAAAAGUUGUAAGAAAUUUUCAAUGCCAAAGAUGCAGCUGUCAAUAUUACCCGAAUGAGCGCAAUGUACUAUCAGAGGUAUAAGUCACUCUCCAUUAUUUUGAUUAUGUUUCUAUGGUUUUUAAUUUGGAAUCACAAAAUCUUUUAUAAGGCUCUAUAAAUCACCUGUAUAUGUUGUUAAAAAGAACACUGGGUGUCUGUACAUUUUGCAAUGUAAGAUAUAAUGUAAGUGAAGUUAAGUAUUUUAAGAAAAAUCAUCCCAAGCUCAUAAAUAUGUAUGCAUACAUACAUAAAUACACACACACACAAACGCCCACACAUCUCUCUUUAACAUAGUUUUGUGAAACUAUACAAAUGUAUUGCCUAAAAAUAUUUCUCUUGUGGCUAGGAAUAGUUGUUGAUAGAAAUCAAAUUACAAAGGCAAAGUAUAUGCCAAACUCUUUUAUCACAAAGGAGAUUUCCAAUUAGGAACAUGGCACAUUCCCAGCUGAUCCCUGUCCCAUUGGACUUAAAAUGGUGUUGGCUGCCAUCUUUGUUGGGAAAAGGAUUAAGCCCUUGCAUAUAAUCUUUAUGUUCUGUAAUAAUUCUGUGGUCUGAAACAGUAUCUUAGAGCGUUUCUUUUCUAUGAAAUAUUUAAAAAAGUAAAAUUUCAAAGGUAAAGUUUAAAACUACUUUCAUGUCCAUUUACUAAAUGUAAAAAUCUAGUAAAAUUUUUUCUUUUUUUUUUUUUGUGCUGUGAUUUUUUCCCCCCACUGUACCUUAAUAUGUCGAAUAAUGAAAACAAAUGAGAGCACACUUUAUUUUCAGCCAAUGCUUAGCCAAAUUCAAACCAGUUCCUACUGAUGAUUCAAUAUUAAGUAAAACAAGGGAAAACGUUUCAUUGAUUGCAGUGGGAUUUGGAUCAUGCCGUUACAUAGGAAUUCUGUUGUGCCCACCAAUGCUGCCAUGGGAUGAAUGUGUGAGAGGUCACUUCUGUGUUAUAAUAGAAUUCGGGUGUCUUGGUUUUGUUUGGUUGUUUGGUUUUUGGUUUUUUUUUUGUUUUUUUUUUUUUUUUUUUUUU